AUGAGGCCAGGCUCAGAAGCCACCGGGGCCAACGAAGCCGCCACAAAGCUCGCCGAGGCAAUUGAUGAUUUCCUAGGCGACCUGCAGAAGAAGUUCCAAGGAAUUAGUGACGAGAUAUUGACUAAGCGUGAGGGAGCCUCAUUCUUGCCCUUCCCGGCCCUACAGAUCCAACGAACAACAUGA